AUGGACAAUACGAUAAAUGUCCGCCAAAGUGAAAAGUAUGGACAUGGACCAGGUCCAGAUCAAUCGGACGUACCACCUAACCCGCUUUCUCAACUGCAAUCGUCUGUGCCCUGCCCGCAUUCCCUGUUCACUCAACAUGAGCGCUGGGGUAUAGUGCUAAUGAUCGCUCUCGCCGGUUGGUUCUCUACCCUGAGCAGCUUCAUUUACUACCCUGCCAUACCCGUUAUCGCCGAAGACCUGGACUCGUCCAUCAGCAUGAUUGAUCUCACAGUGACCUCAUACCUGGCCGUUUCGGCAAUCGCACCGGCUAUUGUUGGAGACGCGGCUGAUACCUUUGGCCGUCGCCCGCUGUACGCUAUCACGUUAAUGCUCUACGUGGCCGCCAAUCUUGGCAUUGCCCUGCAACAUUCAGCUGUGGCUUUGCUGCUUCUGAGAAUGCUUCAAAGUGCAGGGAUCUCGGGUUUGUACACCAGAAGAGAAUCUCGAUCUCUUGUUUUCUCUUUCCACGCUCCCCUGUACUGUUAUCUUGGCGCUGACGAUAUUCGCUGGUCUCAAGGAACCUUUUCUGUUGCCUACGGCGUUAUCGCAGACAUCUCCACCCCAAUGGAGAGAGGUGCAUUUGUCUCAGCCCUGUCUUUCGGCAUUACGACGGCCCCGAGCCUGGGUCCCGUCUUAGGUGGCGCUUUCGCAGCCGGCCCGGGAUGGAGAUGGAUCUUUUGGUUUCUCGUUAUGGCUUCCGGCUUGUGCCUCGUCAUCAUGGCCCUUGCUCUUCCGGAGACACAUCAUUCUAUCGUUGGCAAUGGAGGUACAAAGCCACCCAGACUCUACAGACCACUCCUACCAGGGUUGAUGAGGCCCUGGGAGCAUGACCGCGGACCGGAAGCCCCGAUUACACCUGCAAGUGGCAGAAAAUGCCCAAAUCCCAUCAAGAGCUUGCGGAUUCUUGCGCGGAAAGACGUGGCUGUCAGCAUCAUGCCCGGCAGUUUUCUUUACACGGUUUACUGCUGCAUCCAUGCGUCACUUGCCACGACUCUGGUACAUGUCUACCACGUAAAGAAAUGGCAAGCUGGUCUCGCAUACCUGCCCUUCGGGGUUGGGGCCAUCACAUCGACCAUCGUGUCGAGUAAAUGGAUCGACCAUGAUUACAGGGUUGUGGCCGAGGCUCACGGGCUACCAAUUAACAAAGCAUCAGGGGACGACCUGCUGCACUUCCCCAUCGAAAAAGCAAGGAUGAGGAGUGUUUUCCCAGUCACCUUUGCCAGCUUCGCAUCCGUUCUUGCAUACGGAUGGCUGAUGCAUGCCACAGUUGUGAGUCACCUUAACAGGUUCCCGAUCCUGAUCUCGGGAUUCUUUUCGCAAUACAGCCCUAAUGAAUGGUAA